AUGCAGGAAAUGUCAGAACUCUACGGGACCAUCUCGAAUCUGGAACUCCUACACAAAAGGACGCAACAGACGACCACCCACGAGAAGUUGAUAGAUGCCAGACGCAAGCUGCGGGACCUCAUCACGCGCAGACAUCACCGCUCCCUACAGUAUUCCAAAAGCUUCUUCUAUACUCACGCAAACAAAGGGGGUAAAUACUUAGCUCGCCUCCUGAAAGGGGAUACCCCGCAAACUAGAGUACACAAAUUACGCCUAGCUGGAGGGAAGACCUCACAGUUCCCGGAAGACAUUGCGAGUGAAUUCCAACGAUACUAUCAACAGCUCUAUAACCUCGCCACACAGACGGAACAGGAAUCAGGGAUAUCCAAAGCCGAACUUACACGGACCUUCCUUCAGGACAAC